AUGUCGUUGACGUUCGUCCGCUUUUCCCAUUUGGAUUACUUCUUCUUCUCGAUCGUCUUUGUCGUUUCCAUCGCGAUCGGAGUGUUCUUCGCGUUUGGCAAGCGACGUCAGUCGAUGGAAGAGUUCCUCUUCGGGGGUAGAAAUCUCAAGCUACUGCCUGUCUCGUUCUCCUUGGCCGCCACAAUAAUCUCGGGAUCAACCAUAAUUGGCCAGAGCAUAGAGACGUACGCCUACGGAUUUCACAAUUGGAUCGUCAUCAGCUUCUUCGUUCCCUGGGUGUUGGCCAUGCGUCACGUCUUCCUACCGGUCUUCUACGAACUCCAGCUCGAGAGCAGCUUCAGCUAUCUGGAGAUGCGCUUCGACAAGACUGUUAAGCACAUUGCAAGCACUUUCUACGUCAUCAGUGGCUUAAUCUUCAUGUCACUGACACUCUACGUUCCCGCUUUGGCAUUCCAAGAAGUCACUGGCUUCGAUCUCUACGCGAUCCUUGUGAUCAUGAGUGCGAUUUGCAUUUGGUACACAAUUAUCGGCGGCAUCAGAGCAAUCAUCUGGACUGAUGUCUUUCAGUGUGUCCUGAUCCUGUUCUCCGGAUCUGUGAUCCUCAUUGUGGGCUGGAAUAGUGUUGGCGGCAUCGGCAAAAUCUGGGAAGCUCUAGAUCGUGGUCAAAGACUAACGUUCUUCAAGUUUGACUUGGAUCCAAGUGUGAGAGGAACAAUAUGGUCGUAUAUCUUCAGUGCCUUCCUCAUCUACAUCUACCAAUUUGGGGUGAAUCAGAGCAGCUUGCAGCGCUACUUAUCCUUGUCCACCUUUGACGAGGUCAACAAAUCCCUCUGGAUACAGAGUGUCAUUAUGGUGGCUUUGCUGCUGAUUCAAUUCACCAUUGGCGGCAUAAUUUACACCACCUAUGAAGAUUGUGAUCCUCUGAUGGCUGGCAUUGUGAAGAAGAUCGAUCAGAUCUUCCCGCACUUUGUGCAGGAAAAGGCUUCACUCUUCGCCGGUUUCAAUGGCAUCUUCAUUGCAGGCGUCUUUGCUGCUGGUUUGUCCACGGCUUCGACACUUCUCAAUACACUCGGCGGCACAAUUUACAGCGAUUUUCUCGGCUCGCGACUGAAAAUCACGUCAGAGAAGACCUUCAAUUGGACCAUGAAGAUUAUUGUCAGCGUGGUUGGAGUGACAAGUGUCCUUCUCGUCCUUCUGAUUGAGCGAAUGGGAACAAUCUUCGCCAUCACCACGCAAUGCUUCACUUUGUCCACCGUUGGUGUCUUUGGACUCUUCAUCAGUGGCAUGUUCUUUCCGAAGAUCAACAGCAAAGGUGCAAAAUGUGGCGUCACACUUUCAAUGCUUAUCGUUGGCGCUCUAAUUAUUGGUGGCUUGAAGAAGAAACCUGAUCCAAUUCUUCCUCUGCGCAUUGACGGCUGUGACUUCACAAAUAGCACAUUUUCCAUCGGAAAUCACAGCAUUUCCAGCAACAUCACACCAUUGAUGACUGAAAGUGAAGAUCUUCCGUGGAUCUUUCGAAUAAAUUUUCAAUAUUACAAUAUAAUUGGGCUGGCAAUUAACAUUUCCUGUGCAUACAUUGUGAGCAUCUUAAGUGGUGCUAAUGAAGUGACAAAUCAGAAGCUUUUAGUCACAUUUCUGAGGAAGAGCGAUCGAUCAGACGCUCUAAUGAGUUGCACAAGCACGACUUGAGUGGCAAAUUAAACACAGUUGCAGUUUUAUUUAGGAAAUUAACCAUCAAUCGAUGACAGACAAAUAGAUUCAAGAAGCUUUCAAGUUCAGUAAGCAUUAAGAUUAAGCUGUUGUAAUUGAUGAUUCUUUGAAUUUAUCAUAUUCUGCUGUAAACAAGCUUAAUUGUAUCGUAUUGAUAUUAAAAAUCAUUAAAUAAAACAUUUAUUAAGCCUUUUUCAUCUC